GAUGCUUUAAAAAUAUCCGCAUUGUUAUGCGUCCAUACACCUGCUCUUUUCAUUUUAUCCAUUUCUUCUAAGGCUUCCGUUGAAUAAAUCGUCUCCGCAUAGGUGGAAUGCUUGCUGCAGGCUGCCAUCUUGAAAUAUUGUGUAAUUUUUGAGGGAACGAGCAUGAACAGAAUGACCGGAAUAAAGUUAAGGUGGAAUAGAAGGUUCAACAUAAUUCUGCUUUAGAAUGAGAAUAAACCAGGCACUUUAUCCAGAAUUAAGUUUAAUUACAAAUAAUGAUUUCAUUCAGAAUUAGGUGUUUACAUGGUCAUUUGAAAGUGGAAUUAUUAAUAUUUGGAAUUAAAGAGGACUUAAAGGUCUCGUGUAAACCCAUUGUGUUGGGUGGCUUAUAUCACCAGUUCCUCUGUAAAGUGAUUUUGGGUGAUUUGAAUGAUUGACCAAUUUGUGUGCGUCACCCUUAAAUGCCAGACACCACUUCAACUUUUGUGUUGUAUGCAACAAAUAGGAAAAUGUAGCAACUUUCAAAACUAAUAUUUUAAUGUAAAGAACUAUAGAGGGCUUAUCGAACUGCGUCACUCCCCGCUCUGCUGCACAUGUCGGCAGCAGGAAGACCGGCGAUCGUGUCUUGUGCUGUCAGUGACACAAACCGUUCAGAUAAAAACAAAAUACGCAAGUUUUAUAGAAAACAUCGACUCGCACCCCUUUAUACAUCUCCGCUAUCACAGACUGGUAGCAGUAUUACUACUAGUAGUAACACAUAACACUAGUCCUGUCUGAAUCUGCACCUCAGUGAUUGAGGGUAGGAUUGUCUUUUAAUUGCCCAUCUUUUUCUCCCUUUGUCCUGGUUGAAUUUAUGGCCUCACACUGUGCCAUUUUAACGAGCUAGUGAAUGUGAAGCAAAGUCAGGGGUGGGGGCAAGAUCAGGUAAGAAUGGAUGUCUAUCCACUGAAGUAUGUUCCAUUUCUUCUCCUCCUCCAUCCACUCAGCUGCAUCUAAAGCUCAUGGGUCAUUGAGACGAAUCCCAUUGACCAAUGUUAAUUUAGUAGCAUAGUCUACCUCAUCACUGGGUGAUGAACUGUUGUAGAACAUGGACAACAUUGCUAGCUAACAGUGCAAGACAACCGUGGAUAAACACAACAACUAGUCAGGGGGGCGGCUCUUCUGCAGUCAAGUUGCACGCACAGCUGCUGUGUUGGUAAACAAAUAAUCCCUGACAAUCGAUUAAAAUAUUUAAUUGCAAUUAUUGGCAUGUUGUCCAUAGUUAGCUCUCGAUUAAUGGCAAAUUGAAUGCACAUUCUUUUAUCUACUCUAAAGGUACAUUGAAAGGAAGAUGUUCAAGUUCUUAAUACUCUCAUCAACAUGGGAGUGGACAUAUAUGCUUGUUUUAUAUAAAUGCAUAUUUACCGUUGUUGCCACAAUCCAGAACAAUAUCAAAUAUUGUCCAGAAUAAUCGCCACAAUACCUCAAACAUGCUGCAGGCUCAAAAACAGGCUGGAAGGGCAUUUUGACCUGAAUGGAACAUUGUUUAGUAAUAAUCUGACCAUGUAGUGUCCAAGCAACUAUGUUUCCAGUUUUCCAAACAUUUUUCAGCACAAACUGAUUGAGCUCAUGCAUCAAUAAGAGACUCCUGAACCAGCGAGUCAUUUUGACAUCAGACACGGAGACGCUUCAUUCACGCUGCGGUGGCCGUCUUGUGGAGGGGCCACUCGCUGCCACGCAAGAGAAUAACGUUCAGGCUCAGAGUAUGCUUCAGGUCAAAAUGGAGCCACAGCUGAAGGUUGGCUUCAUCGGUGCAGGAAACAUGGCGUUUGGCAUCGCGAAGGGCAUCUUAUCUGGAGAUUUUAUACCAGGAAACAUCAAAGUUAGUGCACCAUCAUCCAGAAACCUGGACAAAUUCGAGGAGUUGGGGAUUGCUGUAACUCACUCCAACGUUGAGGUGGUCUGUUGGUCCGACGUGGUCUUUAUCGCCGUCAAGCCUCACCUGAUCUACGUCGUUCUCAAUGAGAUCUCACGAUACGUCACCGACAGACACAUCGUCGUGUCUGUAGCAGCGGGAGUGACGCUGGCAGCAUUAGAGCAGCUGCUGCCGGACAGUUCGGUCAUCAUCCGGCUGAUGCCAAACCUGCCGUGUGUGGUCCAGGAGGGGGCGCUCCUGUUCGCCAGGGGCUCCCACGCCAAGCAGGAGGACGCCAAUCUGCUCCGCUCGCUGCUGCACCGAUGUGGUCUGGUGGAAGAGGGACCCGAGGACUGGAUAGACAUCCACACGGGGCUGAGUGGCAGCGGAGUGGCAUUUGUUUAUCUGUUUGCAGAGGCUCUGGCUGAAGGCGCAGUCAAAAUGGGCAUGCCAAGCGCUCUGGCCAACACCAUCGCCUCGCAGACUGUUCUGGGUGCCGGGAGGCUGCUACGUGAUUCCGGGAAGCACCCCGCCCAGCUCCGCUCGGAAGUGUGCACGCCAGGCGGGACCACCAUCUUUGGGCUGCACUCGCUGGAGCAGGGUGGCGUGAGAGCGGCCACCAUGAGUGCGGUGGAGUCCGCCACCAACAGGGCCAAGGAGCUCGGCCUGAAGUCCACUGCCAUGAAAUGAUUUUUUGCUCCAGCGCUGCCUAACUUUGCCUUAAUUUGGUAAACAUGUAAUGUAGUGUACAAAAAUAGAAUUGAAAUGUGUCGAGGUAUUUAUUUGCUGUGUAUUCCUUUCUUUUUUUUUCUAAUAAAUUACUGGUGUAAAAUCUGGAAUCCAGUUCCUUUUAA